AUGGGAAAGUGGUCGUGGGUGGCUGCCAUAUAUGACGUCACGAAGAAGCUCCUCAUUUGUGGAGGGGCUCUCAUUCGAGAACAAUGGGUUCUGACCGCUGCUCAUUGCCUCGUCGUAGACGGUACCGCACGACGUCGGGAUCAGAAAGACUUCCUGGUUUAUCUGGGAAAAUACUAUCGGAAUGACUCCCUGGAUGAUGCAUUCGUGCAAAAGAGAGAGGUAUCUACGAUCAUCCUUCAUAGGGGCUUUAACUUAUAUAACUUUGACUCAAACAUUGCCCUGUUGAGACUAACUGAGCCGGUGGAGUUUACUCAAAGAGUGGGGUUGAUAUGUCUCCCGACAAAUCAAUAUUUUUCGGUGGCAAACCUCGAGGAUGGAAAUCCAGGAUUGGUUGCUAGUUGGGGUGAAAAUGUCUCGGAUGAGCUGAGUGACAAUUUAAUGGAGAUCGAAGUUCCGGUGCUAUCGAAUACCAACUGUCACACGAAUACCAUUAAGGUCACAGGUGACCCUGACUUCACGCGAACCCUCAGCUGGAACUCUUUCUGUGCUGGAUUUCAUGGAAAUACUUCUUCCCAAGAUGUGAACGAAUGCGAGGAGGCGAACCUGUGCGGGGCCCACGCGCAGUGCGUGAGCCAGCCGGGCUCGUAUGCCUGCAAGUGCGAGACGGGAUUCUUCGGGGACCCGCCCAAUCACCUGUGCAAAGGCAAGCCUUUUUUCCAUCACUUUUUUCGCUCAGUAACUCCCGUAGUAGCCCGCUUCUGCCACGCUCGCAGGGUCACACGCUCAUACGGUCACACGCGUUGGCUGUCGUAG